UGUUUACUUUUCAAAAAGCUUAAGUUAUGUUUUUGUGGUGUUCCCCUUUAAGUGUCUUUUAUCUUAAGAGGAAAGUGAGUUUCAGUUUUAGGUUCUUAGAAUUUUCUGGCUGAGAGGAGCAUAAGGGGAGUGGUGACAGAUGAGGACACCGUCUAUCAAACUCUACAAGGCACAAAAGGUAGAGAGGCAAUACUUGACCUCCUAUGCACGUACCGCAAUUGAAUAUUAAAUGUGGUGCUCACCACUAUAAUGGUGCAGUAAAGGUGUGAGUGCAUGGUUGUGCUUAAGGAACAAAAUGUCUCAAUGACCGAAAUAUAUUAAUGAUAUAUUGAUAAUAUAUCGAUAAUGGGUUGAGUGCAGAGGACUUCUUGUAUUUGUUUGUAUGAAUUUUGUGGUCACUACCUCAUUGCAUCCCUGCUUAAUGUUUAAAAAAGAUUAGUGGUGGGCAUAACUUUCCCUUGUGUUUACACACACACACACACACACACACUUUCAUCAUUUUACCAUACUGUAUUCUGUGACCAUCAAAAGGCUGCAGGCCGACUCAUACAGGUCAGGAAACAAAGAGCAUCCCCUGUACUGUAAAUUAUACUAGAAGUCACGGAGGAGUUCUGGGCUCUGAUUUUGGAGAAGGCAAUCAUGUUCUGUGCACAGAGGUCUUCCUGUGUAAAAUGACAAGUACAAGAGGAGACACUAAAAACUACUGGAGCUCCCCAUAGUGAUGAUCACCUCCCAACAGUCUCAGCCCAGAAACACAGUUGUAAGCAGGAGUAGCCAACCAAAGCUUCUGUGUGUGAGUAGCCAAUCACAGCUCCGCUGCCUUCACACAGGGACAAAUAUGCUGCAGUCCCCUGUCAGGUCCACCUGACUACUGAUUGUUGUGCAAAGGGCUGGCAGCCUCGGAUUCUCCUGUUCAGCCAUGGAAAGCAGCCAACAGAAGGUGGAGAUGUUGGUUGGCUGGCUCAAGUUAGGUAUGGGGGGAAUUAUUUAUGAAAGCAGUACAAAAUGCACAUUGGUGUAUAAUGUAAUGGCAUGUUAAUGUACUUGACACUACAGGUUUGCUUAAAAACCAAUAUUAUGCACUCAGCUACAUGGCAAAUACAUACAUAAUGAGAGCUAUUGUGUCAAGUUAGGGUAACUUUAGGCAGUUAGCUAGUCAUACCAUUUUCUGUAUAUCACAAAACACUUUAACAAAAGAAAUAGUGAAUAAUGACAAACACAAGCUAAGGGUUUGCAAUGGACAUGGGCACCUAACGGUUUUCACCGGACCAGCCAAUCAGAGUGCGUCCUGGCCAGCUAAUCAGAGCGCAGCAGAAGUGACAUGAGUAACAGUUGCUCAGUACCAACAGUCUUAUGAGACAGUUGGAGAGGUGAGAGAGAGAGAGAGAGAGAUUAUGAGCAUGGAGACUUCAAAAGCGAGGAAGCGAAGACGACAGAUCGACGGAGAACAACUUGUUUCCCCUGGGUGCCGCCGUGAUACCAAAAGGGUGAAGCACCAGGGUGAUCAACGUGGGACAUGCCACCCUUCAGCUGGGGACCCAGCACUUCAAAAUGAGCCUUGGAACACCUUAGCUCACAUAGGCAUUGGCCUAGAGACCUUCAAGGAGUAUGGGGAAGACGCCUACCUGCACGAUAAGAGUCUUGAAGAGAGAUUUAUGGCUUUGAACUUUCUACAAAGUCAGCCAGAAAUCACCACAGCGUCAUGGAACGUGUUCACCGGCCUGCUUAUCUGCGUGCACAGACACCAGAAGUUGGACUUUAGGUCUCUGUGCUUGACUGUCAACCUUCUGGAGCGGUUUCUUGCUUGCGCUGCUCCCAUCAAGACCACUGACCUGAACAGAGUGGGAGCCACUUGCUUCAAUAUAGCCUGCAAGUUAGUGGAGACAAAGAAAUUAAGGAAAUCAAAUCGCCUAAAACUCUUUGAUGACACCUUUACAAAGAAGGAUAUGAACCAACUGGAGCGAACCAUCAUUUGCAAAUUGCUUUUUCAACUGGCGGCACCGACCAUCGAUGACUUCUUGGAGUAUUUCACCCUCCGGAAGAAGCCUUCAGCUGUCCAGCUGACAAAAGAAGCCAUUGCCCUGACUGCUGCUAGAGGCAUCGCAGCACUGAGCCUAACCCACCAUCAUGAGUUUUGCAUUUAUGCACCCUCCAUGAUGGCUCUGUGCUGCCUGAAAGUAGCCACCAAAUUCCACCCUUCAGGAAAACCCAUCAACGUGGAUCCUGCUGAAUACCCAGACCAUGUAAUGGAAGAGUGUGUCGGGAAGAUUUUUGCUCUGAUAUCAUCCAGGCAGAGCUUUUUACACAAAUUGCUUCCAGCAGUGUUUCCAAAGACACUGCCACCAUUACCUGGAAAUGAAAGACCUCUUCCAGCAAGCCAUGAGGUUGAUACAUCAUCUGGAAGCAGCAGAACACCAAGGCAGGAGACAGAAGCAUGCACCUCCCGGCAAGAACCCAAAGGCGGUGAGACAGCCACAUCCGGAGAGGCACCGAGUUCCAACCACUUGGAAAUGGCCCAGGGAUCUGACCUUUCCAACUACCAUCAAGGGGUAACUUUUCAAAACACAUACAUUCCCUCAUACUACCAACCUUACAUGCACCCAUACAUUCCUACAUAUCCAUACUGCCAGCCAAACAUGUACCCAUACAUUCCUACAAAUCCAUACUGCCAGCCAAACAUGUACCCAUACAUUCCUACAAAUCCAUACUGCCAGCCAAACAUGUACCCAUACAUUCCUACAUAUCCAUACUGCCAGCCAAACCUGUACCCAUACAUUCCUACAUAUCCAGGCUGGCAGCCAUACAUGCACACAGACACACAUCCCCUUACUGACACCCACACAGACACACAUCUGCCUACAUACACUGAAUAG